GCCCACUCUAUUCUUCUGUGUCCCACCCCACCCCACCCAGGAUGACCUGUUUGCGGACCUGGCCAACCUGAGCCACCUCUUCCUGCACGGGAACCGCCUGCGGCUGCUCACAGAGCACGUGUUCCGCGGCCUGGGCAGCCUGGACCGGUUGCUGCUGCACGGGAACCGGCUGCAGGGCGUGCACCGCGCGGCCUUCCGCGGCCUCAGCCGCCUCACCAUCCUCUACCUGUUCAACAACAGCCUGGCCUCGCUGCCCGGCGAGGCGCUCGCCGACCUGCCCUCGCUCGAGUUCCUGCGGCUCAACGCCAACCCCUGGGCGUGCGACUGCCGCGCGCGGCCGCUCUGGGCCUGGUUCCAGCGCGCGCGCGUGUCCAGCUCCGACGUGACCUGCGCCACGCCCCCUGAGCGCCAGGGCCGAGACCUGCGCGCGCUCCGCGAGGCCGACUUCCUGGCGUGUCCGCCCGCGGCACCCACGCGGCCGGGCAGCCGCGCCCGCGGUAACAGCUCCUCCAACCACCUGUACGGGGUGGCAGACGCCGGGGCGCCCCCCGCCGACCCCUCCACCCUCUACCGAGAUCUGCCCGCCGAAGACUCGCGGGGGCGCCAGGGCGGGGACGCGCCCACCGAAGAUGACUACUGGGGUGGCUACGGGGGUGAGGACCAGCGUGAGGAGCAGACGUGCCCCGGCGCUGCCUGCCAGGCGCCCCCGGACUCCCGAGGCCCUGCGCUCUCGGCCGGGCUCCCCAGCCCUCUGCUUUGCCUCCUGCUCCUGGUGCCCCACCACCUCUGACUGCGGUGCUGAGAUUGAAGAGGCCAGUGUCCGAUACCCGCUUCCCGUCCACCCGGGGCUGCGGCUCCGGCCCCUGUCCCGCCCCCGCCCCUGCCCCUGGCCUUGCUGCUUCCCUUUCCCCUCCCAGCUCCUCUCCUCCCCCGGGGACCAGGCCUCCUCUCCUUGCCUGCCUCCUGGGCUGUCCUGACUUAUGGCAGCCCCAAGAGGGCGCGUGUGGUGGCUCAGCCCUGCCCUCCCCAACUCUGGCCAUUAAUUCUUCCCCAUCCCAAGGCUGGGGUGGGGCCCCCCAGGCAGCCACUGACCCGCGCUCCUAAGGGCCCACAGCGGACCCCAAGGGGCUUUUGUCUGCAGAGCAUCUUCCACCAGCAGACCUUUGGAAGCUCCCCCAGGGAGCCCCACCCAGGACCCUUUGGGGGAUGCCUCAGUCAGGGCCAGGCUGAUCCUGACCCCUGCUUACCCUAGUCCCCUCAACCUCCUGACACUGGAGGAAUACUUUUCUCCUAAGUCUACCCUGGACACUUUUUAGGGCACCUGGAGAGAACUUUCCUCUCCACUGUGGCCCCUGCGUGGUGAAGAUCAAAAGAAGUUGUUUGGGAAAAAAAAUUUAUUAAAAAAUUCUAUU